AUGGCUGUAGCUCCUAAAAAGAAGGCCGAGAAGAUGAACCUUGGCGAGUUCCUGACGAAUCAGACGCUUGGGUCAUGGGCCGACGAGAUGGAUUCUCAGCCCAUCUCGAUGCCCACAUCGACAGGCUACGGUAGUGGUGGCAGAGACAGAGACAGGGAUGGCGGGGAGAAGCGCUCAUUCACGCAGCCGGCGUGGGAGUCGGCAAGGAGUGGCGGUGGCAUGAGCGGCGGCAUGGGCGGUGGCAUGGGUGACCGCGGUAUGGGUGAUAGAGGCGCUAGCUAUGGUAUGGCAACGACAGUCAUAGCCUUGAACGGUGCAAUUCGGUACUUCAGACUAACAGCGACCUUAGAUCGCCCACGGUAUCCGGAGCGCGAGCAACUUCCUCUCCCAACGAGGCCGCCAUAUACUGCACAUCUAGGCAAUCUGGCUUACGAUAUAUCACAAAGCCAGGUCGAAGACUUCUUGGCCGAGUGUCAAGUCACCAGUGUCCGCAUCGUUGAGGACAAGCUAGACCACAAGCCAAAAGGCUUUGGCUAUGUCGAGUUUGCUACGCUUGAUGGACUCAAGAUCGCGCUCACCAAGACCGACACACCCUUUAUGGGCCGCAACAUCAAGAUCAGCGUAGCUGAGCCUCCCAAAGAACGAGCCGAGUCUUCGCGCGACUUCUCUGACUGGUCGCGCCGAGGGCCCCUUCCAGACUUGCCGCAGAAUACUCGUCAGCCGUCAAAUCGCGGUUUCAACCGCAACUUCGAUGAAAGGUCUGACGCUGGCAGUGAGCGUGGCGGAAGCAGACGUCCAGCUUUCUUCGAGGGCGACGGCAAGGUCCGUGAUUUUAGCAACUGGGAGCGUAAAGGUCCCAUGUCUCCACCUGCCAACCCAGGACCACCGGCGCGCGAAGAGGGGAGGCUGAGAGGAGACGGCCCGCCCCGUGAGCGGAGACAAAGCCCAGCAUGGGGUGAGGGCAGGUCUGAUGCUGGCUCGAGGCCACCACGACGAGAGUUCGAGCCAAGAGCGCCCGUUGAAAGGGCUCCGACAGCGGCGGAGCAAGAUAAUCAGUGGCGCUCAAGAAUGCGUCCAGAUGCAUCUCCAGCUGAGACGCCGGAGAUCUCCGCGCCAACAUCGCCAGCUGCUCAAGCACCGAAGGAACGACCACGGCUGAACCUUGCCAAGCGCACUGUCUCCACGGCGGAAACGGAUGCUACAGCUUCAUCGGCCGCUGACUCGAAGGCUUCACCAUUCGGCGCGGCUCGUCCGAUUGACACCGCCGCCAAAGAGCGCGAGCUUGACGAGAAGCGGCAGCUUGCGCUCCGCCAGAAGCAGGAGCAGGACGCGAAGACGAAGGAAGAGAAGGCAGCGCAAGAUGCUGCAGCGAGAGCGGCGCGCGCUGAGCGUGCAGACCGCGGUCAAGCAGUAGAAGAGGACAAAGUCACCAGUCCGACCACUGGCACACCGCAGCGCAACAACCGUCGCGCCUCCAAGCAACAGAAUGGCUCACGCCCUCAGCCACCAAAGGAAAAUGGAGACGUCUCGCAGAAGGAGCGUGCCAGCUUCAGCAUUCUCCGCCGUGAUGCAGAAGAUGACGAGGAAAACGGAGACGCUGCCACCAAAGAAGAGCGCGAAGGCGAGACUGAUGCCAUUGACGCUCCCGCAAACGGCACGAUCGUGGGCGACAAGGAGACGAAACCGCAAGAAAUUGUCAGAGAAAUCCCUGCUGAUGCCGCAGAAGGCGCGAACCAGAACGCGGAGCCUACCGCGCAGGCCAUGGAGGAUGACGGUUGGGCGACCGUUCCUGCUAAGGGCAAGAAAGACCGUCGUGCUGGCCAACGCGCUAUGGCUUCCUAG